ACUACACAAGUCAUAGCCCUUGUUUAGAGAGUUUUAGUUCAGUAGCUGUGACUGUACCAAUGCGCCUCUGUGUGAGUCUGUCUCUCUGGGAGCAGAGUGAGGGGGCAGGGCCAAAGUUAGAAGUAAGGAGCCCAGGCAUUGCAUGGAGGAGCCCAGGGCCCCAAUCCGUGAGGAAAAGUCAUGGGAAGAGACUGGAGCACAGCAGCUAAUGCAGCUCUCCCAAGAUAAGCUUCGUGGCCGACUCCUGUAUCCAGCAAUUGGGGGCGUUCCUGUCUGCGGACAACAAAGCCUCUUCCCUUCUGCUUUAAGGCCGUGAAAUUAAAGGGAUGGCGAGGCGGCUGGAAUGAGGCUGUGUGUAUGGGGGAUGGGCACAGGCUAAGAUGGCUGAGCUGGGGAUAGUGAGCCUUUCUUCAGUUGGCUGAAAGUUUGCAGGAGCUGCCCUGGCCGGAGUGAAGACCCCAGCGCCGCGGUUUCCUGCUGCUCGGGAAGAACUCCAUCCAUUAAAAGAAGGCAGUAAUGUGUUUUCCUAAGUGCAGUGUGAUAAACAACCCCUUACAUGACCUUUAUUACAAUGUUUAAUACUGCAGACGUUGAUGAAAAAGAUGAUACAUUUGAGACAUGCCUCAAGAACACUAUGGAAUCCACAGAGCCUUUAUCUUAUAGUCCUAAUUGUCCUUUGACAUUAAGCACUUCUGUGCAGAGUCUUCACGACGGCAUGGCCAUGAAGCUGGGAAACAUGCAAAAAAUGGAUGUGCCUGAAAUCCCAACACUAAAAGCUAAGGAGGAAUUUGAAGAAGUAAAAUAUCAUGAAUCUCCUGCCUCUGGAAAGGAACUUAAGUGUGGUCUCUGUUUUGAGACAUUUCAGUAUGUGUCAGAGUUUAUGUUUCAUGAUCAAAUUCAUCGAGCCACUAACCGCUUUGAAUGCCAACUCUGUGGACGGCAGUUUCAAAGCACAUCCAACUUAAAGGACCAUUACAAUGUACACACAGGUGAACGCCCAUACAAGUGUGAAUUGUGUGCCAAAGCUUUUACUCAGUCUUCCUCUUUAUUAACUCAUAAGCGCACUCACACCAUGGAGAACCCCUACAAGUGUGAGGUGUGCGGGAGACUCUUUAGAGACGCCUCCAAUUUUGUAAAGCAUCAGCGUCUUCAUAGCCAAGCACAGCAGUUGGGCAGGCAAGCCCAUGCAGCAAGCCAAAUCAUUUCAGAAAAACCCUAUCAAUGUUCUUAUUGUGAGAAAUCCUUUAAACGCACUUCAGAUUUAAAGGACCAUGAGCGUGUCCACACUGGGGAACGGCCAUAUCAAUGUAGGAUAUGCCAGAAAUGUUUCACUCAGUCUUCUGUGCUAACUGGACACAUGCGUAUUCAUACAGGAGAGAGGCCAUUUCACUGUGAGAUCUGUGGCAAGACCUUUAACAAUUCUUCCAACUUUAAAAAACACCAGCGAACACAUUCUGUGCAAGAUAUGUUGGCAAAUGUCUCGAGAGAUGCUAGAUACUCUCAUUAUAAGCAACCUUUGCGGAGUAAGAAUGGUAUUGGCCAUUCUGAGGAUAUAAAUGCUAUCUCUUAUGGUAAAGAAAUAAGUGUAAACCAUCCCAGAACACUUCCAAAGAUAAAUCUGUAUGAAGAAGACUGCAAAAUUGUUUUAGAAAAAAAUACCUCUCAGGGAAAUGGUGACGUGAUCCAUGACCUGGAUGGGCUAUCCUCUCCAUGUGCUGGGGUGACAGAUCUUACAAAACACACAGAUGAGAAUAUUCCUGACGCUAAAGACACUGGGUCAAAGGUUAUUUUUCACAGUGACGAGGUAAUAGCCAUUGAUGAUACUGAUGAUAAAGAGGACUUGGGUGCAGAAUCCGAAACCAAAGAGGUCGGCCCUAAAAUUAACUUUGAAAACCUGAUCUUGCCAAAAUUGGCAAGGUCAGUAGGACCUGGAUACAAAAUCACCACCCCAUAUUGGGCUAACUUUAUAAAACAAAGUUCUAACCAUAAAAUGGACUUAAAUCCACAGAUUAUUGGGGACGAUCUUUCAAAAACGUCUCUCCAGUCUCAGGACGAGGAUCUCAAGGAAGCUAGAAAUGAAGACGGGUCAACAUUUGACCUUUCUAAAGACUUGCAAGUAUGUCAACCUGAGAAACAGAGCUCAGGGAUGGAAGAACAGCAAGAAAGUGAAGUAAUUAGUGACAUUAGUAGUACAUCAGACUUGGGGGAAUCUGAAAACCUGUUCAUCGAAAGGACCAUGGAAUGUUGGAAUCAAAGUAUAGAUGGCACAAUGGGUGAUCAGGAUGAUGAUGACGACAAUGAUCUUCUGUUUAUUGAGAUGGAGUCCAAGCCGUACAUCUGCUUUGUGUGUUCAAAGCGUUUUAAAAGGGCAACAGACUUAAAGGAACACCUGCGUGUCCAUACAGGUGAAAGGCCAUUUGUUUGCCAGGUUUGUGGCAAAGGUUUCACACAGUCCUCUGCCCUUUCCAGUCAUCAGAGAAUCCAUACUGGUGAGAAGCCUUUUCAGUGUGAAAUUUGUUACAAAAGAUUCAACAACUCCUCCAACUUCUCUAAACACAAGCGAGUGCACACAGGAGAGCGCCCACAUAACUGCCCUGUGUGUGGCAAAAGUUUUCAGGAAAAGCGGAGGGUAAAGCGGCACUUGAAAGCUGUUCACCAGAUUCAGGAGUAAAGGGAAUUCCUGCUGUUUACACCUGUUUGGAUCAUCAGAGGAAUGUCUUUAAAGAAAAAUGAUUUUUAAUGAAUGUUCUGUUACAAUACUAGAAUUCUAAGACAAGGUAUCCAUCAAGAAUGUCAUAGUAUAUGGUUCAGAUGGCUGUAGGUAUGCAUCUGUAAAUUCUAAGGUCAGAUCCGAUUUUAACAUAUUUAACCUGACAAUUUUGCUAAAAAGCAAGAAAAUGGGAACAAGGAACUGCCCCACGAUAUGUAAUGUCUAUGAUUUUAAUCAUAAUAAGCUAAAUUGGCCUUAACCUAGGCUCCCCCAAAAAAACUGGCUAAGUACCACUUCAGACCUGCAGUAUUACAAGCAAUUAUCAAAGGGCCAUAAACAUUUUAUAUUGCUCUUUUGUUUCCAUGACCCCUUUUUUGUUUUUUCAGUUGCACAUUGUUUUUUUUUAGCUGUCCAGCUGUUUCAGAUGUAUUUAUUUACUAUUUGAUCUCUUAUGUAUCAUUAUCUUCACAACUGUACAGACAGUUUGAGACCACGUCCUUUUGAUUUCAGAUGGUUGCUAAAUACCUACUAUAGGGGUUAGUAGGAAUGGGGUUUAGGGGUUGUCCUACAGUUCAUGAGUAUCCAUGCUUAUUCCUUUAUUUGCCACAGAAAUCUUCCUCCAUCUAACAUACUUCAGUUUUGCUUGCUCCUACUCGACCUUCUUGCAUUUUGUAAAGUGAAAAUAUCUUGACUUAAGAUACACUGUAAAAUAGAAAGACUGUCAUUAAACCAUUUUCAGGGCAAUUAUACAUGACAUUUGUUGCAGCAUUUUGCUUAGUACAGUAUUGUGCUAUACCUUGGCUGAUAUUGAUAUAUGGUAUCUGUCUGCAAACAGAAGGUUUUCUUGGUACUGCUCUGCCCGUGGAAAACAACUUGUGGUUGAUUUAAACGCCCAUGUCUCCAGGUGACAGAAGUUGUGCGAUGUUGACAUUUUUGAACGAGGACAAUUCAGACAAGUAAUAUGACUGUGGAUAGAUAGCCAGUAAAUAAUGAAAUUUUAGAGAAUUCUAAAACCGCCAGCUGAGGCAUAAACUUCUCCAAAGCAUUCAGACGUUACUCAAUGAGAGGGGUAACGUCUGACUGCUUGUUAGUGGGGCAUACCAGUCUGCUAUUAAAACUGAAGGUAUAGAGACCCUUUAGUCUGUAUAAAUGAGAGCCACCUCAGAACCAUUCACUGUUAACCUCUUCCCAUGAGGCAUUUUUUAAAUCCACAAAGUGCAGAAUUUAUAUACGGCAGUGCAAAAUAUGAAUUCCCUGUGGUGCAUACAGUCCUUGCCAUGUGGUCUUUAUACCCAAAGGGUUUUCAGAAGCAGAAGCCUAAAAACUUUUGAACUGUACUUUAGUAUGUUCCCUUAUCACUCAGAAUUACGAAGAAACUGUUUUUAUACCAACUGUCUUGGUAGUCCUUUUCUUGUUCUGAGUUAGCCAUAACAGCCCAUAAAAUACUACCUAUAUUAUAUUGCAUAUCGGUCUCCUGCCUAGCAGUAGCAACCUUCAUACAAGUAGUAGUACUGAGUAGAUUUUAUGUUUUUAAUUGCACUUAACCAGAUCAGAAAUUAGUCUUUGUCUAGUAUUUUUGUGGCUUUUGAAUUCUGCUGUUCUGGUUUUCUAUAUCUGGUUUCUAGAGUCAAAGAACCUGGCCAACAGUACGAGAAUUUUAUUGUUAUUUUGCUUAUAUUUCUGGUGAGGCUCUCCAAUACAUCUUCCAAUCUGUCAGCCACUGCCAAAAUGCUAAUAACCAGAGGUUGAAAUUGCAAGACAGAAAACUGUUAUGCAAAUUUUAAUUCAGAAACGGACCAUCUGCAAAUUUUAAAAACCAUUGAAAUCAGUAUGGGAAGUUUUAUUUGAUGCGUGACAUUUUGUUAGUAACUGAAGGGGGAUCUGAAAGACCCUUUUCUUUUUACUAGUGUGUGUCCAUCAAUAAACACUCAUGCUUUAGCAGCUAUUUAACAAAACUCUCAAAAAUGUAUUUUUUAAACGUGUCUUUCAAAUACAUUUACCGUAAUUAUAUUUUUCCUUAUAGUUCUUUAGAUGCAGCAUAUUCAGCAAAGAUUUUUACUUGAUUUUAGAUAGCCUUGCAUUUUAAAAGUUUGCUAUUUUAUUUAGCAGAUUCUUUAACUAAUAUUUGUGAAUUGCAGUAGAAAAAAGAAAAUUUAAAGUUUAGCAACUCAAACUAUCAAUCUACUUAUGCAAGAAAAAACAUAAAUACAGAUAAUAGAAACAUUUAACAUGUUUAAAAUUCCUGUAAUUCUGAAUGGCUUUGCUUUAAGAAGCCACUGGAUAACUAUGAAAUAUACAAUUGGCAGAUUUAUUAAAGUUCAAAAAGGAAAUUUUUUUUGGCCAAAUGUUGAAGUCAAAAUGUUGCAGAAUAUUUCUCAACUCUUGAAAUUGCUCAAUUAAAAAAAUGAUAAAAAGUAAAAAAAAAAAAAAAAAAAAAAGGUUUAUUCUUGGCUUUGACAAGUCUAGGAAGAGUGAAUUUGAAUUACAAUAAUGUUUUAAAAAUAUUGCUAAGUACCAAAAAAAAUCAAGAAUUGUAGAAGUUUGAGAAAGUUACUUUAAAAAGCUGCAAGUUUUUCAUGGUUUUUAAAAUUUUUAUCAGACAUUUAUUUCAUGUAAAUUUAAGUGUUAACUAAGCUAGCAUAAAUGUUUGAAAAACAUGGGGUUUUUAUAAGGUUCAAAUGUCCUUUGUUUUUGUUUUGUUUUUAGCCCUAAGGCUUUGUGCUCCACAUUACAGAAAGACCUGGGUCCCACACAUUCCUGACAAUAAAUCCCAUAGCUUUAGAAUAAUUUUAUUCAGCACUAAGUUAGAUACAUGCUAUGUUUAUGAAAGAGCAUGUUAUGGCAAGGCAUUUCUGUGGGAGUGGUGCUGGGCAACAAAUGAGUUGUCUUGCAGGACAGGCACUCAAGUAGAAUAAUCGGAGAAGGCGCACAAGAAUUAGACAUGUGUUCAUAUUAGAAUGUUUUGUGUUUUCACAAUGCUACUGCAUUAUAUAGUGUUUUUUUAUUUUAAUUUGCCUGCUUAUUCACUUUUCAGUUACUUCCCAUUUUAAUAGAAACAUCUGAACAUAUUUGUAAUUUUCUUAAAUAAAAAUGUAGAAAACCCUGAAGUCUUGCAUGUAGUUUUACAUCCAGCUCAGAGUACUUGUGACCAUUGGAGCUUGAUUUAUAAAGUGCUUUCUUUGUUUUUUGUGGGCACUGUAAUAAAAAUAGUUUCCUACAGUAAGGGAGGAUUUAUCAAACUUUUUAUCAAACUUCAUGAAAAGUGAGAGAAUUCUUCAAAAAAAACCUCCCAACUACCAAAGGUUACAUUAAAAACUCAGCAAGUCAAAGGGAGUUGUAUCAAACAACUUUAUUUCCCAGUUUAUUAAGACAUUUUGAGAUUUUCAGGGGCAUUGAAAAAUAAAUGGGACAAUGACUGCUGUCGUUAAAAGUUUUUUCUUAAAUAAGCUAGAAUUUUAAAAAAAAUGCAGGUGCAUACGAAAAGUGGCAGUGUUUUUCCUUGAACAAAAAUUGGUAAAUCAAUUUUUUGACUGUCCAAGCGUUCUUAACUGUAUUUGGUACUAAUUAAAGGGACACAACCAAUUUUUUUUUUUCUCUUGACAUUUUUUGGGAAAAAUGUAUUGACCUAAUGGCAGAAACUGUUUUUGCAUUCUUCCAGCUAUAUUUAAUGGGAUUGCACUGUAAAGGAAAGCAAUGUAUGCUUAUUAUUGUAUAGUCUGUGUGACUUCUCUCAAAAUACCCACAAGAGAAGGAGGCUUCCCUAUGCAUGUAUACACAUGCAACUGCUUAUCUUUUGUGUAUUCUGUGUGUUCAUGUUAGGGGAUGCACCGAAUCCACUAUUUGGUAAUCGGCCAAAUCCUUGGUGAAAGAUUCGGCCGAAUCCGGAUUUGCAUAUGCAAAUUAGGGGCAGGAACGGAAACCGUGGAAAAAAAUCUUCUUUUGUGACGAAAAGUCAUGUGAUUUCCCUACCCGCCCCUAAUUUACAUAUGAAUCCUGCUGAAAAUGCAGAAUCCAGAACCGAAUCCUGGAUUCGGUGCAUCCCUAGUUCAUGUGUGCCAGGCAUUCAAGGUAAAUCUGCAUCGGUAAAUUACUUAAUUUUGGGAGGUACAGCUAAGAAACACAGAACUUGCUUUUCCAAUAUACUUCCUGUGCAGAAAUGUCCUGUGAUAAAUGAUAGGAAGGAAAAAAUCUACUAUAUAUAAAAUGAGAAUUUUUUUUUAAAAAAAAGUAAACUAGGAGCAAACAAAGUGUCUGGGCUUUGAAAGGGAUGAAAGCAGGCAAAGCUACAUUAUACUGAGCAUGUGAGUGGUUUAAUACUGGUAACUAUCUGCACUACUUUGUUUACUGUACUAAUGUAUACCAUUUUUGUACUAUGAUUAUUUUUAGAUGAAUAAAGACACUAGUAAGGAUAAAAAGGUCCAGGUCUCUUUGGGAGCCUUUUUGGGGGGCAAUUAAUUGAUCUGGCAAAGUAUGGCCUGGCCAAGUGUGGGGACAUUUCAGUAGCUUUGUUGAAGCUGUUUAGAUCACUGUGCAAUGCUUUUUAUUCAAAUGGAAAGUGUAAUCCUCAGGAACACUUGAAGUGGGCCCAGCAACUAUCAACUUCCUUCACACAAACACAUAUGGAAGGACUGUUUUAAAGGUGGUGUAUAUGGACUACUUUCCAAGUCAAACAUACAUUAGUUAUUUAAUUUUGUGACUGACCAGACUGAUCCCAGUUUCACAAAGCCACCAAGCCCUGAAUUUUAAUCCAGCCUGAAAACAGUGUGGUGCACAGUUAGGCACCAUAAAACUGCCUUUUCUGUGUUUCGCAUGAUGAGGAAUAAAUACGUUUUUGGUUUGGAAGCUUUUUAUCACUAUGGAAAAUAGGAUAAUAAAUACAAUUUCCUAU